CCUCUCUCACCCCUUCCUUUCAACCCCUCAUGAGCAAAAGCCUCUAAGCUAGAGAGUGUGUGUGAGAAAAUAGCAGCUAGGGUUCCUCUCUCCCUCUCAAAAAAACAAAACACAAGAGAGAUGGCAGUAUUGGCGGAUCACCAUUCCCUGGCUGUUGUUUUUGGUAUAUUAGGUAACAUCAUCUCAGUCCUCGUAUUUCUGGCACCAGUGCCAACAUUCUGUCGGAUUUACAAAAAGAAAUCGACUGAGAGUUUCCAGUCACUGCCAUACCAGGUUGCAUUGUUCAGUUGCAUGCUAUGGCUGUAUUACGCGUUGAUUAAAAAGGGUGCUUUCCUUCUGAUCACCAUCAACGCUUUUGGAUGUGUUGUUGAGACUAUUUAUAUAUCUAUGUUCUUGGCUUAUGCUUCAAAGAAUAGCAGGAUGUCGGCUAUGAAACUUUUUAUAUCAAUGAACCUGGGGCUCUUCUCUUUCAUUCUCAUCCUCACACACUUUCUGCUGAAAAGCUCGAUUCGCGUCCAAGUUCUUGGCUGGAUUUGUGUUGCCAUCUCUGUAUCCGUCUUUGCAGCACCCUUAAACAUUAUGGCACGAGUUAUACGAACAAAGAGCGUUGAGUUCAUGCCUUUCACCUUAUCAUUUUUCCUCACAUUGAGUGCAGUAAUGUGGUUUGCUUAUGGACUAUUUAUUAAGGACCUCUGUGUAGCUCUCCCUAAUGUACUAGGCUUCAUCUUGGGGAUGCUCCAGAUGCUUCUCUACGCCAUUUACAGACACAGUGAAAAGGUUAACAUAGAGGAAAAGAAGCUACCAGCUGAACAAAUGAAAAGCAUCAAUGUCGUCCUUACCACAUUAGGUGCCUCUGAAGUUCACCCCGUAGUUUUGGAUAUUCACACUGAUGAUACAAAGGAAGAAGAUAAUAAAAACAAUGAACCCACAGGGGAGCCUGAUAAACAAACUGAUGUGAAAAUGGAAGACUCGAAUGAAAGUCCAGUCUGAAUCGACACAACACAAGAGUUCUAUGAUUUGUUGAGAAAUUAAGAUCCAGCUCUGAUAUGCCAUGGAUGCCUGGCCUGAAACCCCACCACCAUACACCUCCUGAGCCUUUGUGCAAAGGAAGAAACGAGCCAGGACCUAGUAAAAGAACAUGACUACAUAUAUAAUAUGUUAUAGAUGAAUAAUAUUGUAUUUCAGUUUUUAACCAUGUUGAAUAAUCAUGUACGUCAUUGAUCCAGGAAAUGUAGUUUAUUUAUUUUGAAAUACAACGACUCCUUUUCCCCA